GAGCCUGUUGACGAGGGAAAGAGCAGGUGACACAGCAACAAUAGCGAGUUUAAUGUGACGAACUAUAACUACAAGUGAAACUUAAUUAUCUGUAAGUAUUAUUAUUUGUGAGGCAGAUGAAAUGAGCAUGGUUUUACUAAACUGCUUUUAGUAAAUGGGGCAAUAACAAUGAUGCAAUAAGACUUUCUACAUGCUGAUUUACUGUAUAGUUUUAUUCCAUGUCAAAUCUUUAUUUCCAUUGUGAGCUAUUUAAGUUCUUCUCAACAACAAUAAACUAACAUCUGUCCCAGUGCUGCUGGUCAGACUGGUGAAGGCUGCCAGACACAGCCAGGCGCAUAUAUGAUGACCAUGAGUGGAGUGAUGGUAAAUGUCUCUGUUUGGCUUUGACCAGCAGCCGAGAUGUUGAAAUGUGCUUGAGGUUAGUAGAAAAAAAACUUUGAGACAAGUACCAGACUUCUGCCGUGAAAUGUUUCCAUCCUGGAAAAACUGUCCCAAAUUGAGCUUUCCUUGUCCUCCGUUCCCACAUUGCCCAAUAGAUGGAAGUAAAAAAUGUCAGCCUAGGCAAGUUAAAUGCAUAUUAAAUACAGCUGGCACACAGUUACAGAGCUAGAUUCAGAUUCGAAAACAAGCUCAAAUCCACAUUUAUGACACAAGUUCAUGAUGGUUGUAAAAAAGAGCUGCCAGAUGGAAUCAGGCUUUGUUCCCCUGAGAACCAGGUACAAUCUGCUACACACAUCUUUUAGCGUUGGCUGACUUUACAGAGGCUGAUUUAGAGUAUGAAAAAACCCCAAAAUACACAGAAAAACCUGAAUAAAAAACAUUUUUGGUUAAAAAAUACUUUUUAUUCGAGAUAUAAGGUCAGAGCCUGGUGAAAUAGUCCCUGCACUAUGCCAUUCCCGUAACAGUAGCACACAGGGACACUCCCCUUCACUUCAUGAGCUGUGCCUGUGACCACAGACCCACCUCACCUCUGCUGAGACUUCGCUCAUGAAGUCUGGACUUCAGUAACUCUGCUGUGGGUCCACGCAAAAACGUUUCAUCAGCGACAGGUAUUUUUCUGAGACACACUGUAAAGCACUGAUGAUGAGUUUGAGUGCGAGAGCAGCGGCUCUGUCUUUGGUGCUGCAACAGCUGCUGCUCAUUGUCACAUCUCAAGGCACUGUCUAUGACCUGCUGGUGUCUCCGGACUGUCUGCCAGACCUGCUCCAAGGAAGUCUGAAAAACAAAGGGCGAGAUGAAGCCUUCCUCUUGUCUUCCUUCAGGCUCCACAGCAUGGCUCCUACCUCUCUCUUCAGCGUCAUCAACCCUAAAGAAAACAACAAGUACCUGGAGCUCAGUGUUCAAGCCAAGCUGAGCAAGGUGACUCUUCGCUACCAGAAGCCUGACGGCCGGUACGCCACGUCCAGCUUCAACCACGCUUCCCUGGCAGACGGCCAGGACCAUCAUGUGAUGCUACACGGCAGGGGGCUGCAGCGUGGGCCCCCUAGCCUCAACAUCUAUGUAGACUGCCGACUGGCUCACACGUUGGAUGAUCUGCCCGCUGCAUUUGGGUCACUGCCACCUGGUCCCAACAAGGUGGCACUAAGGACCCUGCAGUCAGGCAGACAUGGUGAACUAACAGACCUGAAGCUGGUGAUUGAGGACACUAUAGACAAUGUGGCCACUUUGCAGGACUGCAGUGUUGAGCAGGAGGAGCCUCUACAGCUACUUGAUUUCCAGGGAGGCAGGACGGUACAUGAGCAGACCACCAUGUUGGAGCUGAAGAUCAUGUUUUCUGAGAUGAAGGAGCUGCUAAACCAGCAGAUUAAGGAGACAAGUUUUCUAAGGAACACCAUUUCAGAGUGUCUUGCCUGUGGUCUUGUGGGCCGUCCAACCAACCAAAGUCCAUCUUCGGGUUCGCAACCAUCCAACGUCCAGGCCCAGGUCCAGUGCCCACUCGGAACCUGCUUCCGUCAGAACAUGUGCAUCCCUACAGGGUCGGGGAGCUUCAAAUGUGCCCCUUGUCCAGAUGGAUACACGGGUGAUGGUGUCCACUGUGAUGAUGUGGAUGAGUGCAAGUUGAACCCAUGUUUCUCUGGUGUCCGCUGUGUGAACACUGCUCCGGGUUUCCGCUGUGAGAAAUGCCCUCUGGGAUACACCGGACCAGAAAUAGAUGGAGUGGGGGUGUCUUACGCCAAAUCACACAAACAGGAAUGUAAAGACAUCGACGAGUGUCUGCUACCACCUGAGAACAGAGGCUGCACUGCCAACUCACAAUGCCACAACACUAUGGGCUCCUUCCACUGUGGAGAAUGUAAAGCUGGCUUCACAGGGGACCAGGUGACAGGCUGCCAAGGUGCCAGGUUCUGCCCCAAUGGCCAACCUAACCCCUGUGAAGCCAACGCUGAGUGCGUCGUGGAGAGGGAUGGCAACAUUAGAUGCGUCUGUGGAAUUGGUUGGGCGGGUAAUGGCCACAUUUGUGGGAAGGACACAGAUAUUGAUGGAUAUCCAGACAUUAAGCUACCAUGCAGAGAGAACAACUGCAAGAAGGUAUUUACCUACAUCCUCUGCUCUGCCUCUAAUUCUCUCUGGUAUAAGAAAUUGAAGUUGUGUGUGUUUUCACAGGACAACUGUAUGUUUGUGCCAAACUCUGGCCAAGAGGAUGCAGAUGGGGACGGUUCCGGUGAUGCCUGUGAUGACGAUGCAGAUAACGACGGCAUUCUAAAUGAACAAGACAACUGCUAUCUUAUUCCUAAUGUGGACCAGAAGAACAGUGAUAAAGAUCGUCAUGGCGAUGCAUGUGACAACUGCAAGACAGUGAAAAACCCUUUACAGAGAGACACAGACCAGGAUGGUCUAGGGGAUGAAUGUGAUGAUGACAUAGAUGGUGAUGGCUUAAAAAACUUUCUUGAUAACUGCCAACGAGUCCCCAACCGUGACCAAAGAGACAGAGACAGUGAUGGCGUGGGAGACACCUGUGACAGCUGUCCAGAUAUGCCAAACCCCAAUCAGUCAGACACUGAUGAUGACCUCGUGGGAGACACGUGUGAUGACAACAUUGACAGUGAUGGUGAUGGCCACCAAAACACAAAGGACAACUGUCCCACAAUCAUCAACUCCGCUCAGCUGGACACUGAUAAAGAUGGAAUGGGAGAUGAAUGCGAUGACGACGACGACAACGACGGCAUACUGGACAUCAGAGACAACUGCAGACUGGUGGCCAACCCGACCCAAGAGGACUCCAACAACAACACGGUUGGAGAUGCGUGCGAAGGAGAUUUUGACAAGGACAGUGUCAUCGAUGUGAUCGACCACUGUCCAGAGAAUGCGGAAAUCACCCUGACGGACUUCAGAGCCUAUCAAACUGUAGUGCUGGACCCAGAAGGGGACUCUCAGAUUGACCCCAACUGGAUGGUUCUGAACCAGGGCAUGGAGAUAGUCCAGACCAUGAACUCUGACCCUGGUCUAGCUGUGGGCUACAAAGCGUUCAGUGGUGUCGACUUUGAAGGAACAUUCCAUGUGAACACGCUGACCGAUGACGACUACGCUGGCUUCAUCUUCGGCUACCAGGACUCCUCCUCCUUCUACGUGGUGAUGUGGAAACAGACCGAGCAGACCUACUGGCAGGCUUCUCCCUUCAGAGCUGUUGCUGAGCCGGGAAUACAACUCAAGGCGGUCAAGUCUAACACAGGUCCUGGCGAGUAUCUGAGGAAUUCGCUAUGGCACACGGGAGAUACCCCUGAGCAGGUUCGUCUGCUGUGGAAAGACCCCAGAAAUGUAGGCUGGAAAGACAAGGUCUCCUACCGAUGGUUCCUCCAGCACAGACCUCAGAUCGGAUACAUCAGGGCUCGCUUCUUUGAGGGUUCAAACCUGGUGGCAGACACGGGAGUGAUAAUUGACACCAGCAUGAGAGGAGGGAGACUGGGAGUGUUCUGCUUCUCUCAGGAAAACAUCAUCUGGUCCAAUCUGAAGUACCGAUGCAACGACACUAUUCCUGCUGACUAUAAGGACCUCAAUGGUCAGGACACAGAGCAAACACAUGAAGAAAACUAAAGCAAAGAGAAUAUCCACGUUUGUGUCUUCGAGAUUUUAAUAUUUAAACUUUAUCCAUUAUGUAAUAGCAAAAAUCAGGGCAUUAUAAUAUACAGUGUAAUGUGCUUAGCUUUAAUUCAUCAGCUGGUAUUGUGUAUAUCUAUGCAAUAAUUGCCUUUAGAUUUACCUACACUUUAUAAAUGCUGUUUAAGACAAUAAAAUACUUGUAUGUGA